AUGCCUUCACUCGAAUCAACUGGCCUCUCGGCUAUGCCUGACAACAAGAUCCAGGACGAUGUAGACUCUUCAUCCGACGAGUCAGACUACCUCGACAGCGCUGGCUCUCGCAAGCGUCGCCGGACGACGUCUACUACAAGCGGCAAGAAGGAGGAUGGCGGCCAAGCCAACGACGACGACGAUGGAAAUGAUUCCGAGGAUGACGCUGAGCUGAAAGCUGCCGUGGCCAUGAUCAAGGCACCCUCGCGAGUCAAGAUCCCGUCAGCAUCCGAGAAGAGUAGCACGACCAGGACGGCUACUGCUGCUGUCCCUGUCGCCGAGCCCAUACCGCAGAACCCGAUACUGGCCGCUACAGACGCCGCGGCCACGUUUGCCGAUAUCGAGGUGCGGCCGUGGCUGGUGCAGUCGCUGAGCAACAUGGCCAUCCGGCGGCCGACGAGCAUUCAGAAGGCCUGCAUCCCGGAGAUCCUGAAGGGGCGAGACUGCAUAGGCGGCAGCCGGACGGGAUCUGGAAAGACGGUGGCGUUUGCGGUGCCAAUCCUGCAGCGGUGGGCGGAGGACCCGAGCGCCAUCUUCGCGGUGGUGCUGACGCCGACGCGCGAGCUGGCGCUGCAGAUAUUCGAGCAGUUCAAGGCGAUAUCGUCCCCGCAGUCGCUCAAGGUGAUACUGGUGACGGGCGGGGCGGACAUGAAGACGCAGGCCAUCGAGCUGGGGCGGCGGCCGCACGUGGUCAUCGCCACGCCCGGCCGGCUGGCCGACCACAUCCGCACGUCGGGGGAGGACACCAUCUGCGGGCUGCGGCGGGUGCGCUUCGUCGUGCUGGACGAGGCGGACAGGCUGCUGGCCGACUCGGGCCACGGCAGCAUGCUCCCCGACGUGGGGGAGUGCUUGUCGGUGCUCCCCGAGGCGUCAGAGCGGCAGACGCUCCUGUUCACGGCCACCAUGACGCCCGAGGUGCGCGCCCUCAAAGACAUGCCUCAGAAACCCGGCAAGCUGCCCGUGUUCGUGUGCGAGGUGGACACCAACAUGCUCGCCAUCCCCCCGACGCUCGACCAGAGGCACCUGCAGAUCAACGUCACCCACAAGGAGCACUACCUGCACGCCUUCCUCCUGACCGAGGCCAACGCCGACAAGACCGUCAUCCUCUUCUGCAACCGCACCGAGACGGCCAGCUACCUUCACCACCUGCUCCGCCUGCUCGACCACCGCGUCACGUCGCUGCACUCGAAGCUGCCGCAGCGCCAGCGGAUCGACAAUCUCGGCCGCUUCCGCGCCUCGGCCGCCCGCAUCCUCGUCGCCACCGACGUCGCCGCCCGUGGCCUCGACAUCCCGGAGGUCAGCCUCGUCAUCAACUACGAUAUCCCCCGCGACCCGGACGACUACAUCCACCGCGUCGGCCGUACCGCCCGUGCCGGACGUAAAGGCGAGGCCGUCACCUUUGUCGGCCAGCGCGACGUCGAGCUCGUCCUGGCCAUCGAGAAGCGCGUGGGCAGGGAGAUGGUCGCAUGGGAGGAGGAGGGCGUCAACCUCGAGACCCGCGUCGUCAGGGACGCCCUCAGACCCGUCAGCGAGAAGAAGCGCGAGGCCCUGCUCGAGCUCGAGGAGGGUCGCGAGGUCGGGGGCAAGAGGAAGAGGACCAAGGAGAAGCUACGCGCUGAAUAG